AUGACUUCAGAGCUGGCCUGCGGGGUUACACUCCACGCAGUGGGAGCAGCCUGGGUGACAGCCCAGAAGGAAGAAAUAACGUGGCAGGUUUGGGAAACUGUGGGCUGGCCAGGUGAGAGCCGCUGGCAGGUGGGCCUGGCUGUGGAGGGCAACUCGAUUCUGGGAGCACCGCCGUUGGGAGGCCUCCCGGACGUGGUGCCGGAGGGGACGCUGCUCAACAUGGUGCUCAGGAGGAUGUACCGGUCCCGAAGCUGCUCCUACCAGCUGCUGCUCGAACACCAGCGCCCCAGCUGCAUCCAGGGGCUGCGCUGGACGCCACUCACCAGCAGUGAGGAGUCCCUGGAUUUCAGCGUGAGCCUGGAGCAGGCCUCCACGGAGCGGGUGCUCAGGGCAGGAAGGCAGCUGCAUCGACACCUCCUGGCCAACUGCCCCAACCUCAUCAGAGACAGAAAGUACCACCUCCGGCUCCACCGGCAGUGCUGCUCCGGCCGGGAGCUGGUGGAUGGGAUCCUGGCCCUGGGGCUGGGCGUCCACUCCCGGAGCCAAGCCGUGGGUAUCUGCCAGGUGCUCCUGGAUGAAGGCGCCCUCUGCCAUGUGAAACACGACUGGGCCUUCCAGGACCGAGACACCCAGUUCUACCGUUUCCCUGGGCCGGAGCCAGAGCCUGUGGGCGUCCAUGAGCUGGAGGAGGAGCUGGUGGAGGCUCUGGCCCUGUUGUCCCAGCGGGGGCCUGAUGCCCUGCUCACGGUGGCGCUUCGAAAGCCCCCUGGUCAGCGCACAGACGAGGAGCUGGACCUCAUCUUUGAGGAGCUGCUGCACAUCAAGGCCGUGGCCCACCUCUCCAACUCGGUGAAGCGGGAACUGGCUGCAGUCCUGCUCUUUGAACCUCACAGCAAGGCAGGAACUGUGUUGUUCAGCCAGGGGGACAAGGGCACCUCGUGGUACAUUAUCUGGAAGGGUUCGGUCAACGUGGUGACCCAUGGCAAGGGCCUGGUGACCACCCUGCACGAGGGAGACGACUUUGGACAGCUGGCUCUGGUGAAUGAUGCACCCCGGGCAGCCACCAUCGUCCUGGGGGAAGACAACUGUCAUUUCCUUCGCGUGGACAAGCAGGACUUCAACCGUAUCAUCAAGGAUGUGGAAGCAAAGACCAUGAGGCUGGAAGAACAUGGCAAAGUGGUAUUAGUGCUGGAGAGAACCUCUCAGGGCACUGGCCCUUCUCGUCCCCCAACCCCAGGCAGGAACCGGUAUACGGUGAUGUCUGGCACCCCAGAGAAGAUCCUAGAACUUCUGUUGGAGGCCAUGCGGCCUGACUCCAGCGCUCAUGACCCAACAGAGACAUUCCUCAGUGACUUCCUCCUGACCCACAGCGUCUUCAUGCCCACUGCUCAGCUCUGCGCUGCCCUCCUGCACCAAUAUCCUUCCAGCCCUGGGGGUGGGGACGGUGUCGAGCAGGAGCGCAGCUCCUACGUCUGCAACAAGAGGCAACAGAUCCUGCGGCUGGUCAGUCAGUGGGUGACCCUAUACGGCCCUACGCUCCGCACCGACCCUGUGGCCACCAGCUUCCUCAAGAAACUGUCGGACCUGGUGAGCAGGGACGCCCGGCUUAGCAACCUGCUUCGGGAACAGUGGCCAGAGAGGCGGCGACACCACAGGUUGGAGAACGGCUGUGGGAACGCGUCUCCUCAGAUGAAGGCCCGGAAUGUACCUGUUUGGCUCCCCAGCCAGGACGAGCCUCUCCCCAACAGCAACUGUGCCAUCAGAGUUGGGGACAAAGUCCCCUAUGACAUCUGCCGGCCAGACCACUCUGUGCUAACCCUGGAGCUGCCUGUGACGGCCUCAGUGAGAGAGGUGAUGGCAGCGUUGGCCCAGGAGGACAGCUGGACGAAGGGGCAGGUGCUGGUGAAGGUCAACUCGGCAGGUGAUGCCAUUGGCCUGCAGCCAGAUGCCCGCGGUGUGGCCACAUCCCUGGGGCUUAACGAGCGGCUCUUUGUUGUCAACCCACAGGAAGUGCACGAGCUGACCCCUCACCCCGAGCAGCUGGGGCCCAGUGUGGGCUCUGCCGAGGGGCUGGACCUGGUGAGCACCAAGGACCUGGCGGGCCAGCUCACAGACCACGACUGGAGCCUCUUCAACAGCAUCCACCAGGUGGAGCUGAUCCAUUAUGUGCUGGGCCCCCAGCACCUGCGGGACGUCACCACCGCCAACCUGGAGCGCUUCAUGCGCCGCUUCAACGAGCUGCAGUACUGGGUGGCCACGGAGCUGUGUCUCUGCUCCGUGCCUGGCCUACGGGCCCAGCUCCUCAGGAAGUUCAUCAAACUGGCGGCCCACCUCAAGGAGCAAAAGAAUCUUAAUUCCUUCUUUGCCGUCAUGUUUGGUCUUAGCAACUCGGCCAUCAGCCGCCUGGCCCAUACCUGGGAGCGGCUGCCCCACAAAGUCCGGAAGCUCUACUCGGCCCUCGAGAGGCUGCUGGACCCCUCGUGGAACCACCGAGUGUACCGUCUGGCCCUCACCAAGCUCUCCCCUCCCCUCAUCCCCUUCAUGCCCCUUCUUCUCAAAGACAUGACCUUCAUCCACGAGGGAAAUCACACAUUGGUGGAGAAUCUCAUCAACUUUGAGAAGAUGAGAAUGAUGGCCAGAGCCGCACGGAUGCUACACCACUGCCGAAGCCACAGCAACGUGCCUCUGUCACCGCUCAGAAGCCGAGUCUCCCACCUGCAUGAGGACAGCCAGGCGGUCAGGGUUUCCACGUGCUCGGAGCAGUCCGUGAGCACCCGGAGUCCCGCCAGCACCUGGGCUUACGUCCAGCAGCUGAAGGUCAUCGACAACCAGCGGGAACUGUCCCGCCUCUCCCGGGAGCUGGAGCCGUGA